GGAAUGCGCUUCCUGUGGUGCGGCUGGAGGACGGGGGCAGGGCGGGAGCUGGCUACGUCACCGCGCCGUCUGAGGAGACCGUUACAGUACAGGAGAACCGAGCACACGGGACUACGUACCCCGGAGACUCCCGACCUCCUCCAACGCUAACUUUCCCGGGCCGGCUGGAUCCGUCUCGGAGCCACGAUAGAGAUGGCACAUACACUAAUCUUCGUGGCCUUGUGUCUUUGUUCAUUUUUAUACUGCAGUGCUCAGCAAAGUGGAACUGAGUGUUUAAAAGCAAAUGCCAAAUCAUGUGGAGAAUGUAUACAAGCCGGACCAAACUGUGGGUGGUGCACAAAAGUGGAUUUUUUGCAAGAAGGUGAGCCCACAUCUGCACGUUGUGAUGACCUUGCUGCUCUGAAAAGUAAGGGCUGUCCAGAGGAAACUAUUCAGAAUCCUAGAGGAAGCAAAGAAAAGCUAAAAGACAAUCCUAUAACAAAUAAGGCCAAAGGAGAGCGAAUGGAUGCUUCAAAAAUUACACAGAUCAGACCCCAGCAGUUAAGAUUUGAACUAAGAUCAGGAGAGCCCCAGACAUUUAAUUUAACAUUCAGAAGGGCAGAAGAUUAUCCGAUUGACUUGUACUAUCUUAUGGACUUGUCAUAUUCCAUGAAAGAUGAUUUGGAGAAUGUGAAAAGCCUGGGCACUGCACUUAUGAGGGAAAUGGAACAAAUUACUACAGAUUUCAGGAUAGGUUUCGGGUCUUUCGUAGAGAAGACGGUUAUGCCGUAUAUUAGUACUACUCCUGCUAAACUCAUCAACCCGUGCACCUCCGAUCAGAAUUGUACCAGCCCAUUCAGUUACAAGAAUGUACUCAGCCUCACGAGUGAGGGAUCGCUUUUUAAUGAUCUGGUAGGCAAGCAGCAGAUCUCUGGUAAUCUGGAUUCCCCGGAAGGUGGAUUUGAUGCAAUUAUGCAAGUAGCUGUGUGUGGUGAUCACAUUGGCUGGAGGAAUGUCACACGUUUGUUGGUGUUUUCUACUGAUGCUGGAUUCCAUUUUGCUGGCGAUGGCAAAUUAGGAGGAAUCGUUCUGCCAAACGAUGGGAAAUGUCACAUGCAGGACAAUAUGUACACAAUGAGCCAUUAUUAUGACUACCCAUCAAUCGCUCAUUUGGUCCAGAAGCUGAGUGAAAACAACAUUCAAACCAUCUUCGCUGUUACUGAGGAAUUUCAGGCGGUUUACAAGGAACUGAAAAACCUGAUCCCAAAAUCUGCUGUGGGCACUCUGUCUUCUAAUUCCAGUAAUGUCAUUAAGCUGAUCAUCGAUUCCUACAAUUCACUGUCUUCAGAACUUAUCCUAGAAAACAGCAAAUUGCCAGACGGUGUAACCAUCAAUUAUAAGUCAUUCUGUAAGAACGGAGUGAUUGGGACAGGAGAGAAUGGAAGGAAAUGCUCCAAUAUCUCUCUGGGAGAUCAGGUUGAAUUUGAGGUCAGCGUAACUGCUCACAAGUGCCCCAAAAAGGAACCAACCGAGUCCAUUAAAAUUAAGCCGUUGGGAUUUACGGAGGAAGUCGAGAUUCUUCUGAAAUUUAUCUGUGAAUGUGAUUGUCAGCAGUCUGGAACCCCUGAUAGCCCUGAAUGUCACUUUGGGAAUGGAACAUUUGAAUGUGGAGCCUGCAGAUGCAAUGAUGGCCGUAUCGGAAAACAGUGCGAGUGCAGCACAGAGCAAGUCAGCAGUGAAGACAUGGAUGCUCAGUGUAGAAAGGAGAACAGCUCGGAGAUCUGCAGUAACAAUGGAGACUGUAUCUGUGGCCAGUGUGUGUGUAAGAAGAGAGAAAAUCCUAUUGAGGUCUACUCUGGCAAAUACUGCGACUGCGAUAAUUUCAAUUGUGACCGAUCCAAUGGAUUGAUUUGUGGAGGUAACGGAAUCUGCAAAUGCCGGGAGUGCGAUUGUUUCCCCAAUUUCUCUGGUAGUGCUUGUGAUUGCUCAGAAGAUAAAUCAACGUGUAUAGCAUCGAAUGGUCAGCUAUGUAAUGGAAGAGGAUCAUGCGAAUGUGGAAGGUGUAAAUGUACAGACCCCAAAUUCCAGGGUCAGACUUGUGAGAUGUGCCAGACCUGUGUUGGCGUUUGUGCAGAACACAAGGAAUGUGUCCAGUGCAGAGCAUUCAAUAAAGGAGAGAAGCAAACACAAGAUUGUCUAAAACAAUGUCCUUUCAACCUGACUAUAGUGGACAGCCGUGACAAGUUACCUCAGCCCGGACAGGAAGACGCCCUCACACACUGCAAGGAGAAAGAUGUAGACGAUUGUUGGUUCUACUACACCUACUCUGUAAAUUCCAACUCCGAGGUUCAUGUGCACGUUGUGAAAGACCCAGAGUGUCCCAGUGGCCCGGAAAUCGUUCCCAUUGUUGCUGGUGUGGUGGCUGGAAUUGUGCUUAUUGGACUGGCAUUGUUGCUAAUAUGGAAGCUUCUUAUGAUCAUCCAUGACAGAAGAGAGUUUGCCAAAUUUGAAAAGGAGAAAAUGAAUGCCAAAUGGGAUGCUGGUGAGAACCCCAUCUACAAGAGUGCAGUGACAACAGUGGUGAAUCCUAAAUAUGAGGGGAAAUGAAUGUGAUGACAUUUGUGUACAGACUGCCAGGCUGUAUGCAAAGUAGAAUCUUUUUGUUCUGUACCCACCACCGAUAUCUGAUGGGUAAAUCUUGCGCGAUUUACAGAAACAUUACAGUGUUUGACAUUCAGAUUUUCACAAUGUACAGUUUAUGUAAAAUAA